CCAAUUGCAAUUUGAUCGUCAGGAUUUGUUUAAUUUCGAAUUAUUGUUGAAAAAUAUGGAAAAAAAGUUUUUCCUGCUGGUGGCGCUUGGUGGCCUAACGCGCUACUACUUGCAUAGCUUCCAGUGGAUUGGUGAAAGAGUAGAAGUAUCAACACCUAUAAACUCAUACAAACGAGUUCAAGAGGGCAUAUAUCUAUAUGAAAAUGGCAUUGAUCCCUACAUCGGCGAUGUGGUGCAUGAGCUGCCAAUAAUUUUAGUACUGCUUGUACGGAUUUUUAGUGCUAUAUCAAGCAUUGUGCCAAUAUUCUACAUACUAGUCGAUUUACUAACAGCCACACUAUUGUUUAAGUUGGCACAAAAAUUUGUACGCACAAAACUUGUUGAGCAAAAAACAGAAGCACUACAGUUUGCAGUUGGCACCGAGGAGUUACAAGUGCAGGCUUCAGAUAUGGAUGUGAUACCGCGUUGUGUAUUACUGGCAUAUCUCUUCAACCCAUUGUCAUUGCUCAGUUGUGCUGGUCUCACGUCGACAGUAUUUAGCAAUUUUCUGCUAGCACUCGUGCUCUAUUUUCUCGUGCAACGCCAUUUAAUACCUUGUGUUAUUUGCCUAGCGCUGGAAACAAUGCGUAAUCUGUAUCCGCUGGUGCUAAUUGCACCAGUUGUAUUGGUUUUUACACAGCGCUCAAAAUCCACUACCGCCGGUGCCAUUGGUGUUUUGGCGUUAUUCGCAGCAGCUUGUCUAGCAAUCACCGGUUUCAACUAUGCUAUAAUCCAUAGCUGGAGCUUCAUAGAUGCUACACUUGGUUUUAUUUUCUUCUACCGUGAUUUACAACCAAAUAUCGGACUUUUCUGGUAUUUCUUUACGGAAAUGUUCGAACACUUUCGCACAAUGUUCCUAAUCACAUUCCAAAUGAACGCAACCGUCCUCUACCUUGUGCCAUUAUCACUUAAAUUGCGCAAAGAGCCUUUGUUAUUAGCCACAGUGCUCAUUGCAUUAAUGUCUAUAUUCCGUUCGUAUCCCAGUGUUGGUGAUGUUAGUUUCUAUUUGGCUCUGUUACCGUUGUGGCGUCGCUGCUGGAAGUUUAUGGCGCAUAAUUUUGUGGUGUUCUGCUUUUUUGUGGUCACCUUAUCAAUGAUGCCGGCGCUGUGGCAAUUGUGGAUUUAUUCCGGCUCGGCGAAUGCUAACUUCUACUUUGGCACAACGUUAGCUUUCUCCACGGGACAAAUAUUCCUGGUGACCGACUUGCUGUUUGCGCAUGUCAAACGCGAUUUCUGUCUACGCAACGGUUUAAAAGUCUACAUCGAUGGCAAGGAAGCAAAAAUUAUUUUAGAGUGAGCAGUGCGUGUCCUAUUGCACCAAUACUGCGUUUGCUUUUUAAAUCUAACAAUAGUAUACUUAACUUUUGUUGGCUGCAUUGAUUGGUCAAACGCCCCGUAUUGGCUGCUGCAUUUGUGAGGUUGAUCUAUGACCCCUGGAAUUUUAGUAUUGAAUAAAUAUCUACACUGCAUUUUAUGACCGUAGUCUGAAAAUUUGUAGUAAAUGGCCUAUGUUUAAGUAUUAAUAAAUGAAAAUAAAGAACAAAAUAAAACAGCA